AAUUGGGCUAUGGGAGGUCGUUCAUUAGUGUUAUCAGGCGGGACCGGUGGCUCAGCUGGACGUGGAAGAAGGGGAGGCCACGAAGAAACUGAGAAAUGCAGGGCGAUGAAGCCAGAAUCUUGCUUGGCUUCUCUCCGGGUUCUCGCCCGUCUUCUUCCCAGGUUAAAGAAGCUUACAAGAGGAAGGUAUGGGAUACUCAUCCUGACCUGUUCCCGCCUCACGAAAAGCCUCACGCCGAGUCCAAAUUCAAACUGUGUAGAGGUGUUGCAAACUAUAAAGGAUCGGAGUGGUCAGCGUUAGAUGUGAGGGGUUGUUGGAAAGCAAUAGAGCCGAUCAAAGCACCGGGUGUGUGGAUUUCCGAAGCUUAUUCGUGCCUCCUAACUGGUGCCAGAAAUGGAGAUUCACAUUCAGCUACAUAUGAACGGGUUGUUAAAAGGGGGGUUCCUGUUUCACAUGGAGGAAGAAGAAACCAUGCCUUAAUCAAGCUUCCUUUUCUGUUACUGAUUCUGGGGACCGUGUCACUUGGAGGAUUUAAUGUUUCCAGGGCUUACAAGAAGCAGAAGGAAAUGUAUCCUUCUCACAAUCCUUUUCUUCCUUAGAGGCCAAGAAGAAGAAAGCAAGAAUCUCUGAUGUUUGUUGCUGAAAUGUGUGAAGAUAGGAAAGUUUGCCUCCUGCUAUCGGAAGGAAAGGAAGAAACUAGGAAAAGAUGAUGGGUGCCAAAUACUGCAUGGCCAAGAGUGUAAAUCGGUUAGCGCUUUCUACCUAUAUAAUCUAAAUAAAUAGAUUCAAUUAUAUAAUUGUCCAGACUUUCCUAUUUUUUGUUUGAAUAGUUGAGUGGACUAUUAUUUUAUACAAAAUAUAACCGUUUGGCACAAAUCUUCUUGUAAAAUUAAAAAAAUUUGUUCCCUUCAUAUACGAAAAUAAGAAUUGACAAGAAA